GAACAGUGGAAUGAUGCAUUUAUUUGUAUUCCUCUUUACUUGAUGCAUUAUCGGCUUUUUUUCUAUUGAAUACAAAUAAGCUGAUAAGUGAUAUGCGAGGAACUUCAGAUAAUAAUAGUACGAGGACUGGAACAUCUAUUAUGAAGGAAAACAAUAAUAUUCGAAUUCCAAGGUCUUAUAAUAUGGCUCAUAAUAAAAGUUACACUGUCUCAACAGGGCCAGGAUGCCCACAGCCAUACGUGACUGUUAUCCCUGAGAAAGGAAGGCACACCGCGUGCUGCUCGGGUUGGACGGCAUCUGUUUUAUCGGGUAUUGUGGCUAUCUUCAUCAUCCUUGCACUUAAUUAUCUAGGUGGUAGUAAAAUUUUUCUAAUACCUUUCGAUCCAUACGCUGGAUUGGAGCCUAUAGUGAAGCAAGGACGACUCCAAGUUUGUCCUUUACAGCAUGGCAUCAGCACUGGAAUUAAAACGAUAUAUUCCACGUCUCUGCCACAAAAGAGCAUCAGAACGACGUUAGAAAGAUUUCAGCAACUCUUAACAAAUUACCCUUUAGAUCCAGGAGAAAGAUACAGGAACUGCUGGUUAGAAAACCCAACUAGUGAAAAUCCUUGCUACUUUGAUCCUCGAUGGAUAGAGGAAGUGUGUUCAAAGAAUGACAGCUAUGGUUACGAGGAAGUUAAUGGCGAUUUUAACCCCUGUUUUGUCUUGAAAUUUGACAAACUGAAGUUAUGGGAACCAUUGCUUGUAGAACGGUAUUACCUUCAUCCAUCAGUCACGGAAGACUAUGAUCCGAGUUUUUUGCCAGUGGCGUGCUCCGCGAGGAACGACAAUGGGUCAUACCUUCCGAAUGAGAUUUUAAUAUAUCCACCCAAAGGAUUUUCACACCUUUAUUUUCCAGAAGUGAAAUUCAAUCCUAAUUAUUAUUUGCCACCAUUAGUAGCGGUUAGAAUUCGAGGAAUAUCAAAGGGGACAAAUGUUACAGUUGAAUGCUCGAUUAUUGCACGCAAUUCUUUCCUCUUAUGGGACAAUGGAAUAAUCAGCAUUACUUUUCAAGCAGCUUAAGAUGGAAGUUCAUGUAAAGACACAAAUAUAAGUGGAAACAUAUAUGCAUUAGAAAACUACUGCUUAAUACAGAGCUUAGUACUGAUUAUUUUAUAUCCAUCUGAAAGCUGGAACAAUAGUUAAAACAAAUAAUAUAUGUUUAAAAAAAACAUAAAUAAUUACUCCUUUGAAGUAUGACAGUGUUUCUUUAAAGGAGAGAAAGAUAUGAAACAAAGUGAAAGAUAUAAAAGAAUGAUGGACUGAUAAUUUCUCUUUAAAGGUUUCACUUGAUAUAGGAACCUAUCUGUGACGAAAAUGAAAAAUGUACAAGUGUGCAUUUUUUGCUUUGUUUCCAGUAGAAAAUCGUUGUUUGAUUUUAGACAGCAUAUACAUCACUUAAAUAGAGAUUCAUGCCUAGGUAGAAGAUGACAUAUAUUUAUAAUUUAGCAAUAUAUGUAUUACAUCUGCACUGCUUAGCAACACAAUGAAUUCAGAUGAAAUGUAAAUAUGUAUUAAUUGAUAUGUAUUGUAUGAUGUACAAAAUAUAAGUUGAAAAAAAAUCAAGAUGACAUUGGAAGAACUGAGCUUUAAUUCUUAUAAAACAUAUAACAGUGCACUGUACAAAAAAUACAUAUUUUAGGGUCUAAUGAGAAAGAGGAUUAUGAUUGUUAAAUUUAUUAUAAAGGAAACAAAUUUUGUGUACUACUUUUUUGGUUUCAGAAUUAUGCUUACUGUACACGAAGCACACUAAAAGCUCCUAUGUACACAUAACAUAAAAGCAUUCACUACAUAUACAAAUUUAUUACAAACAGCAUUCACAACAUUCUUCUUAUACCUAAUGAAAUCAGUUUAUUGGUCUCACAAUUUGAAGAAUCAAGCCUCUUUGCUAAACUGAUAGCAAAGUUUUAUUCAACUUUGUUAUUUUUUUACAUAAGGACAAUGUUUCAGCAAAACAUCAAAUACUGAAUGUUUUAAUUAGCAUAGAUGUCAACAAAGUAUCACUUGGUUGUGUGUUAAAUACAAAGCCAUAAGGACAAUCCCAACUGACUGUAUAUAACAUAAUAUGGGGAAAUAAAAAAUAAAUCAUGACUC